AGCGAUCUUUGCUCGAAACACCCCGCAAGCAAACGAGCUUCAAACCCAAAGCUCACUGAAUCUCUGUUAAAAAAAAUGGCUGCAACCAGUGCCGAUGCUGAGCGAUCUCUGUUGGAAGGUGAUGCCACCGGCAGCUAUGGUGCCACGGGUGCCCCGCAAGCUUCACCAGCGGACGCUUCCGCCCCGGGCGCGGGCGCGGCCGGAAGCGGUGCAGAGCCUCCGCGCAUGUCUCCGGAGCAGAUCUUGGCGGAGAUCACACGUAAUGCUGAUGCAUAUAAGAAGAUGUUCGUGAAUGCUUUGAUGGGAGGGCUGGCACCUCUGAUCACUGAAGCUUUCGGCACCUUCGUCCUGGUCUUCACCGUGGGCUGCGCCGUGGCCUCGCCCACGCCCUCGCCCUGGGCGCCGCUGACCAUCGCCACGGUUCUCACGGUCAUGGUCUAUGCCACCUACAACAUCAGCGGUGCUCAGCUGAACCCCGCGGUGACCUUCGCCUUGACGUUGCUGGGAAAGAAGACCUGGAGCAAAAUGGUGGGCAACUGGAUCUUCCAAUUCAUGGGUGCCUUCCUGGCCGCCUCGGUCUACAAGAUCAUCUGCGCCCCACACCUGGCCGUGGUGGCCCCGGUGCCACCCUUCCAUGUGGGCUAUUCCUUGGGAGCUGAAGCCCUCUACACGGGCCUUCUGGUCUUUGUGGUUCUGAACUGCGCUGCACGACCCUCCAAGGAACCCAAUCAGUGCUUCGGCCUGGCCAUCGGUUUCGCCUUCCUGGGCAGCGGCUACGCCUGCGGCCACAUCAGCGGCGCGGCGCUGAACCCGGCCGUGGCGCUGCCGCUGGGGCUGGGUGGCGGCAAGGACGCGCAGUGGGCCUUCUGUUGGUUCGGUGCCGAGUUGGUUGGUGCCGGUUUGGCCACGGGGCUCUACUGGCUGCUGCGACGAUCUGAGCUCCAGGUGGCGGCCGAGGUGGCCGCCGCGCCUGCCGCCCAGGCGGCGGUGGAGGGCGACACCGGCGCGGCGGCGCCCGGGACGCUGGAGGGGCCCAGCACGUUGAUGCGGUGCCUGGCCGAAGCCCUUGGAACCUUUAUGCUGAUGGUCACGGUUGGUCUGAACAUCGUGUCUGGAUCCCGUGCCACGGCCUACUCUGCAGCUGCCAUGGUGAUGUGCAUGAUCUAUGCCGUGGGCGACAUUUCGGGUGGUCACUUCAACCCAGCAGUGACCCUGGCCGUGGUGCUGGGCGGUCGCGGUAAAAUCACCAAAGCCCUGGCUGCGAAGUACGUCUUGGCGCAGCUGGCUGCUGCGGCGCUGGCGGGCUUGGUCUAUGCGGUCUACCACAUGGGCUCCGCUGUCUCUGAGAAGUCCAUCAAGUUGGUGCCGGGCCAUGGCUACAGCGUCUUGCAGGCGGCACUGGCCGAGUUGGUGGCCACCAUGGUACUGAGCUACACCGUGCUGACGGUGGCCACUGUGGAGGGCUACGUGAAGGACGUGGCCGGCCUGGUGGUGGCCUAUGCCCUCACAGCUGGCAGCUUUGCCGUGGGAUCCGUCUCGGGAGGUGAGGUGAAUCCUGCCGUGGUUCUGGGCUUGGUCCUGGGCAACGUGGUAAAUCCAGGAAAGGGCGGUAUGGGGCCCGCUAUGAGUUGGAUUGCCCUGCUUUUGUGCGAGUUCUUGGGUGCGUGCGUGGCCGCAGCCUUCUUCCGCAUCACCCACCGUCAAGAGUUCCUGCCCAAGGAAGCUAAAAAAGAUGUGAAGGGAUUGCAGGACGCCGCCGGCGCCGAUGUGGAAGCACCGUCCGCCUAGGCGGUCGCGUCGUCACUGGUUUCAGUUCCAACUCUUCCGCGCCCAAAGCAGCCACCUUUUUGCGGGCGCCAAGCGGCACACACAGCGUUUGUGCCAACAAAAAGUGUG